AUGGCUGUGCGUGCUGCUGCUGGUCAAUUCGAUGCCCCGAUCGGGGCCUCGGGUGGCCCAGGUCGCAAGGGCCGCAGCUAUGAUCUCGCCAACACCAACAUUGGCAACCUUGGCACUGAUUUGGAAAAGGCUGUGCGCCAAGCCGCUGCCGAGCAUGAGGAAGCGUGGAAAAACGCCGGUGACAAGCCUGGCAUCGAGAUCUGGCGCAUUGAGCAAUUCAAGGUUGUGCCAUGGCCCAAAAAGUCCUAUGGGAAAUUUUACAGUGGUGACUCGUACAUCGUCCUCCACACGUACCGCAAGAACGGUGUUGGGGCCAAGAACUACGACGUUCACUUUUGGAUCGGCAAGGACUCGACACAGGAUGAGUAUGGCACCGCGGCAUACAAAACGGUCGAGCUGGAUGACUUGCUGGGUGGCAUUCCCACGCAGUACCGUGAAGUUCAAGGCAAAGAGUCGCGUCGCUUCAAAAAGCUCUUCAAGCGUCUGAUCUUCAUGGAGGGUGGAGCUGAUUCCGGCUUCAAUCACGUGGAAGAGAAGACCUACCGUCCGCGCCUCCUUCAAUGCAAGGGGAAGAUGCACGUCGUUUGCCGUGAAGUUCCUCUCAGUUACAAGAGCCUCAACGCUGGUGACUCGUUCAUCUACGAUGGAGGUGAUCGUAUCUUCAUUUGGAACGGCCGAGAGGCCGGAGCCAUGGAAAAGGCCAAGGCUUCAAACCUGGCCCAAGCCUUGGAUGAUGAGCGAGGUGGCAAGCCACACCGUGAGGUGUUUGAUCAGGAUGGCCGCAACCUCAAAGAGUGGUGGCACGCCAUUGGUGGCGAAGGCACCGUCAUGUCUGCCGAAGAGGGCGGUUCAGACGAAGAUGUCAAACCCGAGGAAAAGCGUCUGCUGCGCGUGAGCGAUAGCAGCGGCCGGCUCAAGAUGGAUCUUGUGGCUACUGGCGAGCAAGUCGUGCGCUCGCUGCUCAACCCUUCGGAUGUCAUGAUCCUUGACGAUGGCAUGGAAGUGAUGGUUUGGGUUGGCCAGGGUGCAUCGAUCGCGGAGCGAAAGAACGCGCUCAAUUUUGCAGUUGAGUACUUGAAGCAGUACAACAAGCCACUGGACAGCCCCAUCGCCCGUUAUAUGGACGGUGGUGAAAACGAUGCUUUUGAGGCGGCCUUUGAGCAAGGCGUCAUGUCCAUGGCCCGGCCGGGUGAUGGCAACGUCAAGUUCUCCGCCAACAUCUCCAAAUUUCAGGGUCAUACCAAAGCUGUGGGCCAAAGCAUGAUGGGAAGCUACCAAGGUUCAGGUGGCCCGGGCGUGACCGCCGACCUCGAUGCCGCCUAUGCUGUGUUGGAGAGGGCGCUCAAGGUUUACUGUACGACAAAUGCCAUUGGCCACGCAGAGAUCCUGGAGCAGAUCCCAGCGCAUGGCAAGGCCGCGGAACUGCAAGCAGCAGGAGCUGGAGCUUACGACCCCAAGUCAGGCUGGGUGUCGGGCCUGUCGGCUGAGCAGCGAGCUGCACGCGACUCGCAUAUCGCAGAAUUGGAACGCGAUCACAAGUCCGGCAAAUACUCCAAGGCUGGUGCCUUGGGCACGUCGCUAUCUGGAGGUCGUCUCGGCGAUGCUGACGAUCGUCGCCCCACCAUCACCACCCACAGCGAGUUUGACGUGGACAAAGAUACCAAGGCUGUUCGCAAGGCCAUCAAGGGCUGGGGCACCAACGAAAAGACCUUGAUUCGCAUCUUUGGUCGUCGCACGCAGAAGGAGCGUGACCAAAUCCGCGUGCAGUACUCUAACCUGUUUGAUCGUGAUUUGAUCAAAGAUUUGGAUGAUGAUACCAGUGGCAACUUUGCCAAGGCACUCGUGGCGUUGGCGCGCAAGGCGGUUGAGCGCGAUGCCCACUUUUUGCACCGAGCGUUCAAGGGUUUUGGCAACGACAAUGAGAUGCUCAUUGAUAUUCUGUGCACCAAGAACACUCAAUAUCUUCGAGAAGUCAACACGGCUUACAAGACCGUGACCGGCGAUCGCAUGCUGGUCGAAGACAUCACGGGCAACACCAAUGGCCAUUAUCGCAAGGUCAGUGCCAGCACCUUUUACCCACCAACCGGUCCACCUGCUCUACACCAUGCUUGUCUGCCCCUACUGGAGCACAUGCCCUAUAAUGUGUUUGCGUACUGCUGUGCCUCCUCCCUGAUCUCCCCAACUCUGCCACAUGCACCAUUUGCCAAGACCCGUUCCCCCGAUGGUGUCAGCGUGAACCAAGCCGCUGUCGAGGCCGAUGCGGAGGCUUUGUACAAGGCCGGUGAGAAGCGCUGGGGUACGAAUGAAGACAAGUUUGUGGAAAUCUUCACUGAGCGCAGCUAUGCACAGCUGGCAGCCAUCUUCCAAGAAUACAGCAAGCUGUGCAAGUAUGACAUUCGCGAAUCAAUCAAGCGCGAGAUGAGUGGUAACCUCAAGAAGGGUCUGCAGACCAUUGUGGACGUUGUGCGCGAUCCCCUCGACUUUUACACCACCAAGAUCUACGAGUCGAUGCAUGGUUUGGGCACCAACAACACGCAUUUGAUUGAGCUGUUGAUCGAGCGAUCAGAGGUUGAUCUGGAGGCCAUUAAGGAACGCUUUCAACAAAAGUAUGGCAAGACGCUGUUGGAGAUGUUCGACUCGGAAACGGCCAUUCGCUGGAACUACCGUCGCUUGCUGACCGCUAUCAUCAACGAGGGCGAUCACAAGGAACUGUAUGACGAGGAUAACCAAUGA